GAAGCUGGAUCAUCAUCACCAGGCGAGGCAAUCUAUUUAUGACGGUCUGUCCAUAACUAUGCACUAGUCUGUUAAUUGGAUUUUGGUUAAUUUGUUUUCGACCAAUUUACAUUUCAACCAAUCAAUCCCAUUGCAAUCUGUAAGGAUUAACAAGCUUCGACUACCCUUAUGGAUAAUCUGGAUAAUUAAUGGAUCAAAUAUUUGAUAUGAUUUAUUUAAACUUUCCGGCAUUAAAAUAUCGAUAAAUGGGUAUGAUAUUUGGGAGUCUCGACACCAUGACAUCGGCGGUAGAAGAAGCGCAAUUCUGGCAGGCGAUAGGAAUACUGGUCAAAAACUACCAUGCAUUGAAUAAAAAGAUAUUCGAAGUGGUGGUAAGGCAAGUAGAGAAGUACCAGGAUGGCCAGCUGCAUGAGUCCAGUGAGGAGGAACUGAUGAAAUCCCUGAGGGAGGAGUCUGACCAGCGCACGUGCCAGGGAUUCAAGAUAGGAUACAAAUUGCUCCCCAAGAAGCUGGCGGAUAACAUCCUGGCCACCGGAACUGUGGAUUUUGUGGAACGAAGCUACCAGUGCCAGUUUGCCAGCGAUGCUAUUGAUGACUUCUCGGUGCGGUUCCAUAAGGGACAGCUUAAAGUGGACGCCAAACAAAAUCCCAAUUGGCUGGAGUAUGUUCUGAGGCCAAAGCUUCUGAGCUGGUCACAGUCUAAACAGGAAGAGGCCAGGCAGAAGUCCUUAACUUUGGUAGAUGAGGAAAAGUAUAAUAAUCUGUACAAGGAGCUUAAACAGAAGCAUUCCCUGCGUCUCUUGGAGUGCUGGCAGACCGCUCAAGAGUCCACGGAUCCGCUGAAGUUCAUCUACGAGGACUUAGCCAUCGCCGCUUAUCUUAUGAUUCUCUGGAGCCAAACCCAAACAGAACCCAAGGCUUUCGCGGACCUUGGCUGUGGUAACGGACUCUUGGUGCAUGUGCUCAAUGCCGAGGGCUACAAGGGCUAUGGCUACGAUAUAAGGAAGCGGAAGAUUUGGUCACUUUACCCUGAGGACACCAAGCAGAGUCUCGUCGAGCAGGCAGUGGAGCCGAACAGCUCCUCUUUGGACUUUCCCGAUGUAGAUUGGUUGAUAGGCAACCAUUCAGAUGAGCUUUCUCCUUGGCUUCCUGUCUUGGCAUCGCGCUUAAAGGCAAAUUUCUUCCUGUUACCGUGCUGCCCCUAUGAGCUAUCUGGAGCCAAGUUCAGGCGGCGGAACACAAGAAUAAGUGCAUACCAGGACUUUUUCCACUAUGUCACCCAGGUAACCAAGGAAUGCGGCUUUGAUAUUCUUCAAGACCGCUUGAAAAUACCCAGCACCAAGCGGUUGGCCCUGAUCGGAAUCAAGGGAAAGACUACAAAGGAUUCGAAAGACUUUGAGUACUUUGUGCAAGAGGAGUUGAGAAAGUACAAGACAGGAGAGUCUGAAAUAAAGCUGCGCGAGAAGGAGGAGAGUGUGCGAAACUGUACACAGGUGGACAGAUCCAUCAUCGAUGGCCUGGCGUUGAAGAUCUUCAACCUACUGCUCAACGCCGACGAGGAUAAGUGGCUAGGAAGGCUACCAAUGCGGCAGAUUGCCCAGACUCUGAGCAAGGAAGAGUUGAGCGGCAUUAAGUCCGAAUGCGGUGGCAUCAAGACAUUGCUGAGGAAUAAGCAUGAGGUCUUUGAGUUCUGCGGCGGAGACCUCAUAGGAAUACGAAGGCCCAAGCCGAUAGUGGUCCUGCCAUCCCGUCUGACCGUCAAGAAGCGUAGCUGCUUCUUCAAGCUCCAUCACCCGCUGGGUUGUCCCCUCGCAGAUUCAGAGUGCAGCUUUAUACACUAGUCCCUCGCAUUAUGGAUGUGGCACUUGCACACGUUUAUUGUUCGGAUUAUAAUAUAAAGAAAAGUGCAAUCAGCUUCGUGUUUGCUAA